AUGUCCGGUCCUGGUCGAAGCACCACUCCUGGUCGGGUGACCUCUUCUCUCCCCAUCAGCUCCGUAAUCUUCUACGGCCUGGGCGCCGGUCUCGUUGGCGUCACCAUGAUGACUCUUGCCGAAAAGUCCGAACAACUCUUGACCUCUCGUCCCAACUCAUACGUGCCCGCGCGCACCCUCGAGCGGCUCAUCUCCGUGCGUGCCUCGACCGACACGCAGCUCUGGGGACUCAACAUGGCGAUGCACUACGGACAGGGAGCAGCGGCGGGCGUGAUUCGGGCACUGAUGAGCUGGAACGGGAUCCGGGGCCCGUUUGCCGACCUGAUCUUUGUCGGGGUCCGCUUACUGAUUGACCAGACGCUGGAGAACUGGACGGGUGUGGGCGCGCCGCCAUGGACGUGGCCAGUCGACGAGCAAAUACUUGAUAUUCUGCACAAGACGGUGUUUGCGGUGACGACCGGGUGGGCGGUUGAUCGGUGGUUGGUUACAUGA